AUGGACAAACUUCAUGACGACCUUCUUCAAAUCAUUCUCUUGCAGCCCGGUGUCCAGCGCGUAUAUUGGGGCCGGGAAAUCGAGAACCCUCUGACGUUGAGAUGGUUUGUCGACUGGGAUGACGUUGAGAACCAUAAAAGGUUCAUGAAUGCUGAGUAUGUGCUUACAUUCCAUCCCCCUUACCUUCGCCUAUUGACCGUUUGUAAGUGCCUACGAACCGUUCAUGGAGGGGAUCGGAACUAUCGUCGCUGGCGCGGUAAAGGAUAUCAUGCUCGACCCAGGCCUCAUCCUCCCGUCCCUGCUCUCAGUAACACCACGUCUCCAAUUACCGAGGUCGUGACCAUGUGGUUUCGAAACACAUACCCGCAGAAUGAUCAAGACAAGGUGACCGAGGAGGUAGAGAACUUCAUCUCAAUUUUCGAAAACCAUGCGCACAAUUAUACGGCUUCUGCUGCAGGUUGGGUGGAUGAAGAGAUUGACAUCCCAGGGAUGGAGGAGCGCGGAAAGGCAUAUGUACUACUGGUUGGCUGGACUUCUGUUGAGGCGCACAUGCAGUUUCGAGAGACCCAGGCAUUCAAGGAUUCCAUUCACUAUGUUAUGGGAGCAAAGAACCUGAAGAAGAUCGAGGCGGUUCAUGUAAGCUUGACGGAGAUCACUAAAUAG